AUUUUCAAGACAAUAAUGGCAGUGCCUUCCAAAAUUUGUAACCGGAACUACUUUUCGAAAAAGCGUAAAUGUCUGGUUUUCUUAACGCUUUGUUCUUCGAUCAAAAAUAUUUCUCAAAUUCACGCCCAAAUCGUCAUCUCUAAUCUACACCAAGAUUCUUUUUUUCUCACUGAGCUUGUUAGGUUCUCUUCUCUAUCUCCUUUUAAAAACCUCAGUUACGUGCAUUAUAUUCUCAUUAACUCACUCAAUUCAACUCCGUCUACAUGGAUUAUGCUCAUCCGAGGCUAUGCUUCAAGCGAUUCUCCCCAAAACGCAAUCUGGGUACUUCAAGAAAUGCGAAAACGAGGACUUAAACGCAAUAAGCUUACGUACCCAUUUGUUUUGAAGGUGUGCACGGGGGUUGAAGCACUAGAGGAAGGGAGGCAGAUUCAUGGGGAGAUUGUAAAGCAUGGUUUAGAUGAUGAUGUUUAUGUUAAUAACAAUUUGGUGCAUUUUUAUGGGUGUUGUAAAAUGAUAAUGGAUGCAAAGAAAUUGUUCGAUGAAAUGUGGGAAAGAACUGUGGUUUCGUGGAACGCCGUGAUUACUGCUUGUGUUGAGAAUUUCUGCGUUGAGGAUGCGCUUGGGUAUUUUAUCAAGAUGAGAGAUUGCGGUUUUGCUAGGGAUGAAACAACGAUGGUGAUAAUGCUUUCAGCAUUUGCAGAGUUGGGGUUCUUAACCUUAGGGAGGUUGUUUCAUUUGCAAAUUAUUCAGAGAGGUUUACUUUUGACUAUUCAAUUGGGAACUGCACUCGUUGAUAUGUAUGCGAAGGGCGGAGAUGUUCGAUAUGCUAGCCGAGUUUUCAAGAGAAUGAAGGAGAAAAAUGUGUAUGAAGAUAGAGAUUAA